GCAAAAUAGUAAUAUUAAGUAAAUUAUUAAGUAAGAAUAUUUUUACAAUGGUCACGUGUGUUGCAAAAGGCUGCAGGAAUUCAAACGCAAAUGGUUCAAAAAUGUGUAAUUUUCCAAAAGAUCCACAGCGAUUACGUACAUGGCUGGCAAAUUGUGGAAUGGAAAAUAAAAAGUUUAAUUAUUGUGCUGCAUUAUGCGAGUUUCACUUUACAGCUGGCAUGUGGGAGAAAAAGCGAGUUGAUGGAUCCAAAAAAUUAAAAUCGUCUGCGGUGCCAACAAUAUUUGGUGAACUUGUGACUCAGCAAGAGCAUCAGAAAAUCACUAAUGUGCCAACAGUGUCUACUGAAAUUGAAGAAGUUAUAUCGGUGUUUACCGUAUCGGCAAAUAAAGAAGUAAAAAUAUUACAAAGCAAAUCCGAAAUUGCAAGAAAUCCAGUAACAAAUAUUUCCGAUAAGACAACACCCAACACACAAACUCGUAACUUUGAAAAUUAUGAUCCAGAUACUACCAGUAACGAAAUGUUAUAUGAAGACGAUCACGUUGUAACGGAUGAAACCAAGGGAGAAACUGAAGAUGAGUCAAUUACUUCAGGCAAUUCCGAAGUCAUUGAACAACUGCAAAAAAAGUUGCAAAAAUCAGAAAGAUUGAGGUUUGCAAUGAAGAAGAAGCACAAACGCCUACAAAGAAAAUACAGGAAAAAAAUAACAAAAUUGCAACAAGAAGUAGGUAUACAAAAACAUUUUUCGAGUGCAUUAAAGAAUAUAUAUAUUCAAUGAUGACCAAAUAAAAAAGUUGGGGUGUAGGUAUAAAAGAAUGCCAAAAUGGUGUGAUUCCACUUUAGUCAAAGCCUAUCAAUUGAAAUUUUCAUGCGGGUUAUCUGGCUACAAAGAACUAUUAAAGCACGGUUUUCCACUUCCUUCAUUGCAAACACUCAAUCGAAAACUUGAAAAUUUAAAAUUUCAGAGUGAAAUUUUUCAUGAAGUUUUCGAAUUUUUACAAAUUAAAGUCUCGCAAUUGAAAAAUGAUAGAGAUAAAGAUUGUUUACUUGUGCUUGAUGAAAUAAAUAUAUCAGCAGGUACCGUUUUCGACAUAUCCACUAAUACAUAUGUAUAGGACGCGUAACUUUACCCGAGCAUAAUAACAACAAAAUUGCGACCAAUGGCUUAGUUUUUAUGCUAGCAAGCAUAGGGCACAGGUGGAAACAAACUGUGGCUUAUUAUUAUACAGCCAAAAAUACAAACGGUUCCGUGUAUAAAAAUAUAAUUCUUGAAAUUAUUCAGAAAGCAGAGAAAAUAGGAUUGUUCGUUCAAGAGAUUGUUUCUGACAUGGGUUCAGCCAAUCAAGCAA